UCAACAAUGGCGAAAUCACCAGAAUCUGAGCAUCCAGUUAAGGCUUAUGGAUACGCGGCUCACGACAAUACUGGAACACUUUCCCCUCUCACCUUCUCCAGAAGGGCUACUGGGGAAAAAGAUGUGAGACUCAAAGUUCUGUAUUGCGGAAUCUGCCAUACUGAUCUUCACUUCGUCAAGAAUGAAUGGGGGGUAACAACAUACCCCGUUACACCAGGGCAUGAGAUUGUGGGUGUGGUGACAGAAGUAGGCACCAAAGUGGAUAAAUUCAAAAUCGGAGACAAAGUUGGUGUUGGAUGCUUGGUGGGAUCGUGCAGAUCAUGCCAAAGCUGUGCUGAUGAUCUUGAAAACUACUGCCCAAAACAGAUUCUCACUUAUGGUUUCCCCUACCAUGAUGGUACACGGACAUACGGUGGCUACUCCGAUCACAUGGUUGCAGAUGAGCAUUUCGUACUCCGUUGGCCGGAGAAUUUGCCACUUGAUUCUGGUGCUCCGUUGCUGUGUGCUGGAAUCACAACUUAUAGUCCUCUCAGAUACUUUGGACUAGACAAGCCCGGUAUGAAAGUGGGUGUGUUUGGUCUGGGUGGACUUGGCCAUGUUGCUGUGAAGAUGGCCAAGGCUUUUGGAGCCGAAGUUACUGUCUUCAGCACCACCGCUGCUAAGAAGGAAGAUGCGCUUAAAGGACUGAAAGCUGACCAUUUCAUAAACAGCAAAGACCCUGAACAGAUGAAUGGUGCAACGAGUACACUUGAUGGUAUUAUUGAUACGGUGUCUGCAACUCAUGAAAUUGUAUCAUUGCUUAAUGCACUCAAACCCCAUGGAAAGCUUGUUGUUGUUGGUGCACAAGCCAAACCAUUUGAAGUCUCAUCAUAUUCGUUGAUUCCUGGUAGGAGGGUUGUUGGUGGUAGUACUAUUGGAGGGUUGAAAGAGACUCAAGAGAUGCUUGAUUUUGCGGCAAAACAUGGCGUAACUGCAGAUAUAGAGGUUAUACCGAUCGAUUACGUCAACACUGCCAUGGAUCGAAUGUUGAAAUCUGAUGUAAGGUAUCGAUUUGUGAUCGACGUCGCCAAUUCACUCAAGGCCGAGGCUUAGUGUUAUUGAUUUGACAAAUAAAGUUGGAAAUGUUUUACGACCAUCAUUUAAUAAGGAAGAGAGGAAGAGUAGUUUUAAACUUAAGGUUAAGGGGCCUGCAGGUAUAUGCAUCUGUUGGUCAUAUAUGGACCAUCAUACAUGUUUUCUUUUCUCUGUUUUCGAAUAAAG